UUCACAGAAACCCCAGAAGAACGCAUCUCGCCUGCAUCAAUGCCAGACUGGGGAGAACCCCAUUCAGGAAUCAGUAACAAACGAAAACGCAGGCCUAUCGGGAUCCUUACUGUGCCAUUGGAGUAUGAGAAAUCUAGCAAGAAAAGCUGCAUUAUUGGGAUGAUUGAUGAUGAGAAGGCAGAUUCUUUAGUGCCACUGCCUGCUGAGGCCUCAAUGCACUGGCUUUCACCUUCGUGUGGCGACGCUGAUGGGGAGAAGAGUGGCUCAGAUCCUAAAUCAGGCAAAAUAUCAGAGUCUAAAAUGAGGAUUUCGUGGCGGGAUGGAGUAAUCAAAUCAGAUUUCUGAGACAGAUGAAGAAAAUGAAGCAAUGGGAUACAGUAAAAAUCAUCUAGUGUUACCACUGCUUGCAAAAGCAAUCAAGAACCUUGCUUUUCUAGGAAUAGGAAGGGAAAAUUCUCACCACAAAUGUGUAGUUCUUCAGAGGAUUCAACUUGGACUAUGCUGCAAAAAUAAAAUUGUUUCUAUUGAUGAAUGUUUUGCAUUUCUUGUAGUAAAAGUUUUGUUCUUCAGCCCAGAACCUCUUUUUAACUUCUUGGGGGG